AUGGUCUCAGAUGCUGAAUGCAUCAAGCGUGAUAACGUGAAAGACUUUAUCAGAUGGGCAUUUUUCAAACCUGAAUAUACGCAGGGGCUGGACCAGCAGAAUGAGGAUGAACUCGAGACCUAUACAGCAGAAGUUGAGCAGCUGAUGGAGCGAAAAUUGUCACCGGGAAGGAUGGAUGUGAAAGGCCUAGGACAGCUUCUAAAUGAAGCAAGCGGUUCACAUCGUAGCCUGCUAUGGUACACUUGCGUCUUUGUGGUUGACACAACAAUGCACUGCAAGAUGUUGUACAAUGGAUUCCAUUUCCAUCGCAAUUCGCUGUCACAAUUCUUUGCCGUAUUCCCAUUUCGCCCUCUGACGAUAUUCACGGCCCGCCGAUCACCGGCGCGCCAUCUCACAUAUUGGCAUCGACGGCAUACAUCUAAAAAGCGGCUACCCGUGCUAUUUAUACAUGGUAUCGGAAUUGGUCUGUACCCCUACACGAGCUUCCUCCGAGACCUUAACAAUGAACUAGAGAUGGGAGUGACAGAUGAUAAUGAGGUUGGCAUCAUCGCACUUGAGAUCAUGCCGGUCAGCUCUCGGAUAACUCAUCCAGCUUUGGAAAAGGAUGUGAUGAUCUGUGAGAUCAUGAAGAUCAUCCAGUAUCAUGGGUGGAGCAGAUUCGUGCUUGUGUCUCAUUCUUAUGGUUCCAUAAUCGCUUCACACCUUCUCAAGUCCGAUCGAUUUUCUUCGCUCAUCGGGCCUACGGUCUUUAUUGAUCCGGUAUCAUUCCUCCUCCACUUGCCUGACGUGGCAUACAACUUCAUAGCCCGCCAGCCAGCCCGGGCCAAUGAAUAUCAGCUAUGGUAUUUCGGAAGUAAGGAUAUAGGAGUUGCACAUACGUUGGCAAGGAGAUUCUCCUGGAUUGACAACAUCAUUUGGAAGGAAGAUCUUGGGAUAAAGGCCAAGAAAGACCAACAGGAGGGUAGAAAUGUUACAGUUGUUUUGAGUGGGAAGGAUUUGAUUGUGGACACCGAAACAGUGGGACAGUACUUGAUGGGUUCAUCAUCUGAAGCCCGGACAUCAGAAAAAGAAGCAUCACGAGCAUGGAAAAACAGGUCCUGGAUUGGGUACGGGCUUGAUCUCCUGUGGUAUGAACAGUUGGAUCAUGCUCAGGUUUUUGAUUUUGAGAAUACCAGGCGGCCAGUCAUCAGGGCGAUCUCUGUAUAUUCGAACACAGGCUGA